GUUUGCCUGAUAUGAUCAAUUAGAGCAUGCAUGAAAACUGCGGGGAGGUUUUUUUUUUUUCAUUGAACCUUCAGCCAUUAUUUGUUUGAGUGAAUAUUUAUAUUCUAAUAUUUUAUUUGGGGUCAUUUUCCAGGACAUAUUGGUUUUCAGUGUUUGGAAUUAAAAUUGUUUUCACUUAAAUUUUUCUGAUGGAACUGUGUGGGGCUAUGAAACAACACGUCAUCAUCAAUCUAUUCUCUGUGACAAAACAAAAUUCCAUUUUCUGUCCAACGCUUGUUCCAGAAGAGCUGAGACUUGCAUUUUGCUGGUGACAUUCAACCUUUAAAGAUGGCGGAUUCCCAAAAUGUAAUGAAAGAAGAGAAAAAACACAGUCUCAAACUUGAGAAAUAUGUAGUUCUUCCAGGUAAAAUGUCUGGGUACCACACUGAAGGAUUUCUGGGCAAGGGCUCCUAUGGGAAAGUGGUGAAGUGCACCAAGCUCGACACCAAAGAAAUAGUGGCGGUGAAGAUUGUGCGCAAACACUACUUCAGAGAAGGCAAAAAAGAGGCAAGAAUGCUGAAGAAAAUCCUACAGCUCGACCCUGAAAGGAACAACCUGCUGAGGUUCAUUGAAAGCUUCACAUAUAAAGGCCACUUUUGUUUGGCCUUUGAAAUGUUGGAUGUGAGUAUCUUUGACUUUAUGAAAGCCAGAGAUUUUGCACCACUCCACGUAUCUGAAAUCAGAGUCAUUGCUCAACAGCUGCUUGUGGCUUUGAAUGCUUUGAAAAGUGCUGGUCUGGUUCAUGCUGACAUGAAGCCAGACAACAUCAUGUUAGUGAACCAUAAAUCUCAGCCCUUCAAGGUGAAGCUGAUUGACUUUGGGUUGACUAAAAAAGUGUCCAAAUUGUGGCUUGUGGGUACCAUUCAGGCCAUUGGCUACAGAGCCCCUGAAGUCAUCCUGGACUUACCAAGGGAUGAAAGUGUGGACAUGUGGUCUCUGGGCUGCAGUUUGGCCUACAUGUACCUUGGUUACAAUCUCUAUCCGACACACUGUGAAUAUGAGGUCAUUAGGGCUAUCGUUAAGAUACAUGGUCAACCCCAAGAUGAUGUGCUGAAAGAAGCCAUGGAUGUGCAACACUUCUUCACUAAACUCGGGGAAUCCUCUUACCGUAUGUUCAGGCUGAAUACACCAGCAGAAUAUACCAACGCAACAGGGUUUGCUACGCAGCAUAAAGCCGGGAUUUACAACAAACUGCACUGCCUUGAUGAUCUGCUCAAGACCCGCCCAAGACCUAUGGUCCCAACAGAGUGUGAAGAUGCACUUGGAUUUAUAAGCCUGCUUAAACAGAUGCUCUUGAUGGAUCCAAAUGUCCGGAUCACACCUAGAGAGGGUCUCUGUCAUCAUUUCAUAACUAUGAAACAUCUCACAGGUGGUGGAAAUAACCCCUAUGUGGUAUCAGCUUGGAAAAGGGUGGCAGACGCCCAACUUCAAGAGUUUGCAACAGAGCAUUAUGCAACUUUGAGUAAUGUUUUUAGAAGAGAAAUAGUCCAUUCGAAAAAGAAUGGACAAAUUGAAGAUGCAGCAGGCAGAGUUGCAGAUAAAGAGCAGGUAAGAAGGACCUUAAUCAAAGAGGGGUUCUGCUUUACAGUUUCCCAAGAAGAUGCAAUCCAGCCUGACACUGCAGCUGAUGGGCGUAAUGAUAAACCCUCAGAUAAGGAGUGGACAGGGAGGACCUUCAUCAAAUUGAAGCCUCGUUUUGUUGCUCACCAAGAAUCAGCAGAAACAGCUGACAAACCAGGCAAGGGUGAAUAUAUACCACUUGAAAAAACAGGACGCAAUACAUGCCAGCAGAAGGGCUCUGAGUCAAACACCACAGGAAAAGCUCUAAAAGAUAAAGAGCGGAAAGAAAAGACCAUUAUCCAAGUGAAGCCAUAUUCUGCUGUUGAGGAUGAAAGAAAGGACAGAGCCUACAAGGUAGAUGUUCUGUCAGGAAAAGCCAAGGUUCCUGGACCUUCCAAAAAAAGCUGUACUGCAGAGAAAGAAGCCAUUUUCUGCAAAGAAGGGAGACCUUCUGAUCUCGUGGAAGUAAAAACUCGCAAGACACUAAUGAGGAGGGCCUGGAAUAGCUUCUCCCGGCAGAUCGCAUCCAUCUCAUGCAUUAGAGGAUGUAAAUGAAGGAACUGCACACAAAGGCAAAGCCACCACACACAAGACUUUGGAGCUGCCAGAAAUUUCCAAGAAAUGUUCAUCUCUGCACAUCACAAAACCUACUUUAAUUGCAUUACAAAAUUCAAAUAAAUAUUACAUUUAUUUGAUGUGUGUAUUACCUUUAUUGUACAUUAUCAAGAGAAUCUCUUGUUUAAUUUUUUCUAACAGUGAAUAUAUACUUUCGCAGGGAUUUUUGAUCCCUGAAUAAUCAUAUCUAUAUAUAUGUGUAUAUACAGUGUCUUGCGAAAGUAUUCGGCCCCCUUGAACUUUUCAACCUCUUGCCACA